CCAACUAGGAACGACAUUUUUUGAAGGCGAAUGUGUCUCCUUGAUGUCUAGUAUUUAUCUUAGGUUAAAUGCGGUUUUGAUGGACCCUCUUUUUAGUUUAGUUGAUAGUUACUUAGAUAAUAAAUGUUGAUGAUUUUCUAAUGCCUCAUGUGGAAAAUGGAUGUAAUUCCGUGUUUAAAAGUGCCGCAGCGUCAUGCACAACUGUACAGAAAAUACCUACUGUCACAAGGUGUACUGGACCGCAAGUACUGUGCACAGAAACACUCAGAUGAGACUGUAAUCCUUCCAGUCGUAGCAUCUGUUCUGGCACAGCUUGACCUGGUGGCACUAAAGGAACAUGUUGCACAGGACAGCUUUUGUGAAAUUGUUGAUAUCCAGGCUCCUCCAUUAUCAAAGGAGAAAGUCAAAUCUUUCCAUAAGAGGCUUGCAGAGACCGCACAGUCCUUGCUGGUUUCUAAAGGGGAAACGUGGAGUGAGGAUCUGGAGAGAGACAUUCCUAGCCGAUGGCAAUGCCACGGAGAUCUUGUACUGUUUAGUGAAGGCUGCUUCACUAAUGCAAUAUGGAAAGAAAUUGGAUCUGAAUUCUGGACUGCAGUCGCCCUGACGCUGGGAGUCAAACGUUUAGCACAAAUUAAAAAAAUUUCCCAUGAUGGUUACCGCACACCUAUAGUGACAAUGCUUUUAGGAGACAGCAGCUAUGUAACACACAUCGAUAACCACAUUAGGUACGAGUUUGAUGUCACCAAAUGCAUGUUCUCUUCUGGGAAUAUCACAGAGAAGCUCAGAAUAGCCUCCUUUGACUGCAUUGGAGAGACUGUGGUUGACUUAUAUGCAGGGAUUGGCUACUUCACUCUUCCAUAUCUGGUACAUGCUAAGGCUGCGUAUGUGCAUGCCUGUGAAUGGAACCCAGAUGCAAUAAAGGCUCUUCAAAGAAACCUACAGAUCAACGGUGUGUCAGACCGCUGCACUAUCCAUCAAGGAGACAACAGACAGCUUCCUUUGAGUGAUCUUGCUGAUCGUGUGAAUUUGGGCCUCAUACCAAGUUCAGAGGAGGGUUGGCCAGUGGCAUGUCGUCUGCUAAAGAGAGGGACUGGAGGAAUACUGCAUAUUCACCACAAUGUCACAACACCUUUGCACCAUAAACCACCUGAACAUUCAUCUGCUAUAGAUGUUAAUAAAGGCUCUUCGAACCAGAGAGAUAUGCCAGUAUGGACUGCCUGGGCUUCAGACACAGCCGGACGCAUCUGUACACUCUUGUUAGACAUCACUGGAAACGAAUGGAAGACAAAUAUCAAGCAUAUUGAGCAUGUCAAAACAUACGCACCACAUAUCAGUCAUGUAGUUCUGGACUUAGAAUGUAAACCUCUCUGACAAACACAUCUACUAAUGUGUAAAGUUGUUUUUGUUUAGACCCUCUGUCUAUAAUUAGCUGGAGUCAAUCUAACCCUCUGAUUGAUUUUUCCACAUCUAUUUGUUUUUUGAUUGAAAUGCAAAAUGUUUUAAGUGUUUUGUAAUCAUUUUAAAUAAAUAAUAAUAAAAAAAUAUUAAAAUCUGG